AUGGAGAAUACUCAAGUAGAUUGCUUGAAGAGACUUUCUGGUUAUGACAUACAAAAAACACUGAUUGAUAAAAGAUAUGGAGAAUCCUCAAUUUUGAGUGCCUCCUCUAUUUCAAGUCAAUUAUCUGCUAUUGAAACUUUGACUGAGAAUAAUUAUGUGAGAUGGAAACGAGACGUAGAAAUUGCUUUUGGUCUUUUGGGAUUGGAUUUUGUCCUAGAAGACCAACCUUCAAAACCUACUGAUAAGAGCAUUGCCGAAUAUGUGGCUGAAUAUCAAGAGUGGGAUAGGGCAAACAGACUUUGUCUAAAGAUUAUCAAGCGUUCUAUAUCAGAUUCCAUUAUGGGAGCUAUUCCAGACAAUGAUAAUGCUAAGCAAUUUUUGGGUGCCAUAGGACAAAGGUUUGUUGAAUCCAAUAAAGCUGAAACUGGAGACCUGAUGGAUAGACUGAUGAGUAUGAAAUAUGAUGGUUCUAGUGGAGUUAGGGAGUAUAUUAUGAAAAUGAUACAUAUAACCUCUAAGCUAGAAGCCCUCAAAAUUCUCAUUGCUGAACCUUUUCUGGUUUAUCAUGUUCUUAAUAGUCUUCCUAGCCAGUUUAAUCAGCUAAAGGUAGCUUACAAUGCUCAGCGAGAUAAAUGA